CCGCGCAUGCGCAUCUGUGUCAGCCUCUGACGCUCCAGAGUACGCUACAGCAUUUAAUAUAAAACAGUAUACGUGAUGUAUAUUUCAAUAUCCUGAACCUGUAGAUUUAUUUUACGCUUCAAGUUUAACAGCUGAAUGUUCACCCGAUUAGUUCGGAUCAUGCGACGUUAUUUUUUGCUCUGGUUUUGCAGUGAUGGUUUCAAUCUUAAUGCUGCAAGCCGCGCAGUGGCCGCUACAUAAUCCCUUUGCUUAUGGGAAGCAUCCGUUCGGUUGUUGCUUGUUUAUCGCUAGCGGCUAUAGCGAGGAAGAUGAGCACCGCGGCGGGGCUGUGCGGGCCCGGGACCUCCGCUUCUGCUCCCGCGCUGCUCCGCCUGACUUCAGUCCCCGGUUACGAUCAAAACCGCGUUAAUGAUGUUCUGCUCCUAAGACCUGCUACGGAAACACAGAGACGAUGCGACAAUGAAACGGAGGACCCGCAGAAAGGCAACGAUCACGUAGUCUUCUUUCCUGGAGACAUUCAGAACUUUCAGCAGGAAAUGGCCCUCCAUCCUGACGCUACCCCAUGGCAGUCCUGGAGCCUGGAGCGUGUCGCCCUCACCCUGGGCAAGCGUUUCCCUGGCUGCCAUAUCUGGGUCAUCCGCGCAUCCCGAAUGUACCUACACAAGUUCAGCUGCUAUCAGAACUUUGUAGAGAGCAACAUGUUUGGAGCACCAGAACACUCUCCAGACUACGGAGCCAUUCGCCACCUGAGGGCUCUCCUGGGUCACAGCAUGCAGCGGGCUGGCCUCCCGAACCCUUUACCCCCUCUUAGUGGUGCAUCCACCCCUGGCCCACUGCCUGCAGGUUUCACGCUCACCAUAGUGGGUUUCAGUAAAGGAUGCGUUGUUCUCAAUCAGAUGGUGUAUGAGCUGUCUGGAGCUCGAGCGGAUCCAGAACUGAGCUCGUUUCUGGAAAGUGUUUCAGAUAUGUACUGGCUGGAUGGAGGACACCCUGGAGGCAGUGAGACCUGGGUGACCGAUAAGUGUGCUCUGGGUGAGCUGGCCUCCAGUGGGGUGGCUAUUCACGCCCAUGUCACUCCAUAUGAGGUAUGCGACCCGAUGAGGGCGUGGGUCGGGCGAGAGCACCGCCACUUCAUAAAGACUUUGGAGGAUAUGGGUGCUUGUCUUAGCCAGAAACUGCACUUUGAGGAUGAGCCUGCAUCCAUCGAGAAUCACUUCCGGGUGAUUCAGGAAUUCUGACUGUUCCCGACCUGUGCUUUCACAAGUCUUAACAUACAUGGAAUGUGUUCUUUGCAGAGCAGACAAGCUUUGUAUUGCACUGAUAUGUCAGUUAGUCAAGAGCUUUGGGUUUCCAGGCUUUAAAAGAAUAACUAUGCUGCCUAUAAAACACAUGAAAUACAGGACUGGAGCUUAUUGACCAACCUUGUAAAACAUUUAGCUGCCUGACAUUAAGCCUUAUUCAUUGCCUGUUGCAUCUAACUACAUCAGCUCUGUCUGGUGUAGUAUAUUUCUUUUACAUAGUCUGUUUGGAAUGCGGAUAUGCGCGUAAAAUUAUCACCUCCCAUUAUAUUCAAAGGGCUCUCAUUUCCUACAGCAUAGAAAAACAAGAAGAAUUUGAAAGUGCUUAUUAAUAUUUAAUUUAUGUUGUUAAAUUAAAAAAACAUGGAUUUUCAUUUAAGUAUGUAUCCGUUAUUACUUAUGGAUAUUCUUGAUAAAAUAAAGUGUUUCCUUCAUAUAGUCUUACAUCAGUGGAUUUAUCAGACGUUCAUGUUUGAUAUUUGGUGUUUAUUUUAUUUGAUAAUCCAAAAAAAUCAAAGCAUCUUCCACUAAAAUCAAAUUUACAGAAUAUAUUUUUGGUUAGAUGGAAAAUAACUAAUUUAAAGUAUUUUAUUUAUGGAUUUGUGGAGAAACCUUAGAUGGUUAGCUUUUAAAUGAUUCCAGUAUCGAAUCUUAGAAGACUCUAGGUGGCGCACUUUAUUUGGAUUGUUCUCUUGAAUACGUUGUAUCAUGUACAAAUGAACAUGGAUUUUGCAAUAUCCUCAAUGUAAUGCAAUGAAUGUACUUCCUGCAUCAUAGUCAUUCCAGGCUGGUGUAAUUCAAUAAAAAUGUUGAAAUGUU